CCACCAGACAUCCUCUUCUGGCCGAACGAAACAUCACUGUCCGUUCCAGACGGUUAACGUAUACCCCUGGUGCCCAAAUAUAGUUGGAGUCGGCAGGCAGAGCCUUACCUAGGUGACCUUUCGAUAUGCCGGCGAAACCUUUCUCGGCCGUCACGGUCCAGAUAGAUCGGUUGACCAGCGAACAAUACGAAGAGAAUGACAUUGGCGGUGUCGUCGACCUUAUCGAAGUCAUCCGCAUCCAGUCCACUGGCCCUACUGAAGCAGCACGGGCUUUGCGAAAGAAGCUAAAGUAUGGAGAUGCGCAUCGUCAAAUCCGCGCAUUGGUGAUACUGGACGCUUUGAUCCAGAAUGCAGGGUCAAGGUUCCAGAAAGCUUUUGCAGAUGAGCCUCUACUAGAGCGUCUUAGGAUAUUGGCCCGCGAUGAAACAGCCGAUGUGGACGUUCGCAAACGAGUAAAUAUCCUCUUCAGGCAGUGGGCUGUCGCGUACAAGGGAACACCCGGCCUCGAGCGCAUCGCUGCCUUGCACAAGGAGCUGCCCCGCAAAAGUCGACCUCAGCCGCAGCAAUCUCGAAUCAUUCGCGAGCAAGAUGCUGAAGCAGCCCGUGAGCGCGAAGAGCACUCACCACCACCGACGCCCCAGCCGCGACGCCCUGAUCCUCCGCAUGUGUCCUCCUCGUCAAGCAGACCAGUAGCGUUAGGUUCUACAUCCUCUGGUGGGUCUUCGCUCUUCAGUAGGAGCAAGAAAGACAAAAAGACUCCAAAGGGGCAGAAGUUCAACCUGGAGAGGGAAAAGGGCCAGAUGCUGGAGACGAUGGCAUCAGCCAAUGUUGCCAGCGCGAAUCUUUUGAACGGGCUGCAGCUAAUCAACCGAGAGCAGCAGCGCGUCAGCGACAACCCGGAGGUGAUGAACCGUUUCGAGACCUGCAAGCAGCACCGCCGUCAGGUUUUACGCUACAUUCACCUUGUCGAGUCUGAGCAGUACAUCGGUGGUCUGCUCAACGCUAAUGAUGAGCUCGUAAAGGCGCUCAUGGCUUUUGAGAUCAUGGACAAGAGCAUUGACGACGAUGACAGUGAUAGCGAGGACGAUUCGGGCAUUGCUCAAGCAAAGCUGGCCAGCUUGAAGAUGCAGGAAGAGGCACCUCCUGCGAAGCCACCUAGGCCAAUGAGCAUUCCUAUGCCUCCUGCUCCUAUUCCCGUCCCCGCGGCGGGCAAACAGCGAGCUGAUCCAGAUAGCGAGCCGGAUGAUGAUGAUCCCUUUGGAGACAGCAACGGUACGUGGAUUUUAGACGUAAGAUAAAACAUGUACUGAUCGAACAUGCAGCCGUCGCAACACCCUGGGCCGAGAAGAAGGAGCCUAGCUGGAGGGAUGUAUGAUGCAUGUGAUGGUCGAGGAUCCGUGAUUGGAUAAUAGAGGCUAUUGCUGUGUAGUGAGAUCACUAGGCUUUGAUAAAGAUAAACACUCUCACCUUAACCCGUGCACACAAAUGUUGCCGAAGUUGCGGCGUCUGCGCCACGAUCUCGCACCGUCUGCAC